CACACAUUGUUCUGUGAACUGAUAAACUAUUUAAAUUUAUAAAGCACUUUCUGACCUGUCUGAGAUUUUUGACAUAACGGCUUAAACAGACAUGGACCAUCACGGGAAACGAGGUGAAGUAUACCUACAGCACCAGAGGCAUGGUGAGAAUAUGGCACAUUCCAUUAACGAAAGUCACACCCUCAUGAGAGCACAUAUCUACAGUCAGGUCCUGCCUUAAACACACGCACAGCACAUGCAAGAAGUGGAAGCGGUAUUGGCUGACCCUUCAUCCAGCUAGUCGGCAUGGCGUUGCGCGCUUAGAAUUGUCAGAGGCCAAUCAGGAAAAGUCGACUGUGGUGGUCAGACGGCAUCCAGAGAGAAAAGUUGUCCGUUUGAAUGACUGUGUGAGUGUCGUCAAGUUGCCUCCUCAUGCAGAGGCUUGUCCAGGGGAAAACAUGGCUGCCUUCUGUGUGGAGACAGAAGAAAAGAGACUGGUGUUUGCAGCAGAGAAGGAAAGCUGUGGAGAAUGGGUGGAGAUAAUAUGUAACAUUGCCUUUCAGAAACACUGUAAUAGUGGCCCAAAGUCGGUCCCUCGCAUGGAGGACAAUCAGAUCUAUAUGUCCAGAGAACAAUUGUGUGAGUUCAAAGUGCUUGUGUCACAGACUGAGGCAUCGGUGGGUUGUGGCCUGACAGGACAGUACUGGUUGCAAGCUGGUGAGGACAUGUUGGAGCUUCAAGAUCUGGAGACCAGGAAAACAGUGUUGGAGUGGCCAUAUAAGCUGCUACGCCGCUAUGGGCGAGAUAAGAUGCUGUUUUCUAUAGAGGCAGGAAGACGCUGUGAGUCAGGCCCUGGAACCUUUAACUUUGAGACCAGGCAGAGUGAAGAGAUACUCCGCCUUAUUGAGUCAGCCAUUCGGCAACAGAAGAGCCUCACUGUUACCGAAGGCAGGAACUCGCCACAUUCACCACGUUCCCGUUCUCCUCGCUCACCCUUACCCAAACGCCCUGAUAGCUUUGGUUUGCUAUAUACUGAGAGAACCAACAGCCCUGAUUGCAGUGGAGUCAGUGAGAGUGUGUAUUCAAAUCAAGCUGAUGCUCUUGUUCCAAACAUUCAUGCUUUGUCAAAUCCUGUAUACAUAAAACCUGCAAGUCCAAGUGGCUUAGCUGAACCUGUGUAUGUAAAAUCUGACGAUUCUUUAAGCUCCUCUAAAAGCACACACUCAGACACUGCUGGCAGCGCUAACUUGAUUGAACCUGUGUAUUCAAAUCCUGCUGAUUUAUUUGGCGGACAUGAAUCUGUGUAUGCACAGCCAGCAGAUGCCAUCAAAUUUAAUCAUACUGUAAAAAUAGAUCAAUCUGGGCUACAGUCUGGCCUCCCAUCUCAUAACAAUGAUUUUGAACCAGUGUAUUCUGACCCUGUUGAUGUCAUCCGCUCAGGCCCAAAAGUUAACAACUGUGUUUAUGCCAGCCAUACUAACACAAUGAACUGUCAGGUUUCCAAGGCAACGUCUAACAAAGACAAGCAACAAGAACCUGUGUACUCUGAGGUGUAUAAUGUCAUAAAAAACUCAAGUAAAAAAACAGACCUGAACAUUGAGGAGCCAGUUUACAGUGUGCCGGAGGUUGUUGCACCCCGACAAGCUGUUCAGGAAGAUCAAGACAAUAACUCUACACAAAACAAGAUGCCUGAGGAGAUCACAGCAAUCUACAGCAAAGUUAUGAAACCACCAAAAACUCCUCAGCCUCUCCAAGUAAAGAAACAAAGCCAAACACAAGAGAUUGUCUUUGAGGACCUUGGAAUGAUUUAGAGUUUAUCUUUACAAACAUGUAGUUGUUAAAUUUCCCUUGUUUUUCAUAUUUGAAAUAUUACUCUUCUUAUCACUGAUUUUAUUAAUUUAUUCAUCCAUUCUCCCUGAUGUGAAUGAUGAUCCUUUUUAUGGUUUCUAAUGAUGUAACAUUGAAAAAAAAGAAAUUAUGUAUUAUGAGUGUUUUAAACUUUUAUUUGGUAUUUUUGUAUUUAUGCAAAAUAAUAAACUC